GCAAGAGAGGCUAAAGCUGCACUUUUCUGUUCUGUUGGAAGAGCAUCCCUCUCUAGCGCUCACUUGCAGUUUCAGUAUCUCAGCGAAGGGAUCCCGGAGAGCUGUAGGACUUGACGGCAAGAAAGGCAGCCGUACAUGCACGAGGAGCCUAUAUAAAUUGCACGCCUCACCUGGAUAAACCUGUCUUCGUACAGAGGGGAAACGGAGAAGCGAAUCGAGUGUCGCAGCACAGCGGGCUGAAGGAAGCGAGAAGAAUAUGAUUCUCAAGCAGCAUCUACUCUUUGCCCUUUACAGCUUCUGUGGGAUCGCUCUAAAAGUGACAGCGACGAAAAACAAAGGAAGAGGUAGCCAAGGCCAGUUCCCCAUCACUCAGAAUGUGACCGUGACACAGGGAGAAACAGCCAACAUGACCUGCCGUGUGGAACACAAUGACAACACCUCCCUCCAGUGGUCAAAUCCGGCACAGCAGACCCUUUAUUUUGGGGAUAAAAAAGCCCUGAGGGACAACCGGAUCGAGCUAGUGCGGGCUUCGUGGCAAGAGCUGACCAUCAGCAUCAGCGAGGUCUCCCUGUCGGACGAGGGACAGUACACCUGCUCGCUCUUCACCAUGCCCGUCAAGACUGCACAGGCUUAUCUCACCGUGUUAGGAGUGCCAGAAAAACCAGAGAUCGAUGGGCUCCCAAAGCCUGCUGUGGAGGGUGACCAGAUCACACUGACCUGCGUGACCUAUGGGAGCAAACCAGCUGCAGACAUCAGAUGGUUUAGGAACGAGAAGGAGAUCAAAGGCGCCAAGGAGGUGAACGCCAGCGGGAAGACAUUCACGGUCAGGAGCUCUCUGCAGCUGCAGGUGGACCGCAACGAUGACGGCGUGGCGUACACCUGCCAGGUGGACCAUGUGUCCCUGGCCUCCUCUCCACAGCAGGCCAUUGAAGUCUUGGAGGUCCAUUAUGCCCCACGUGUGGAGAUUACACAUUCCCUGACAUUCCCACAGGAGGGACAGUACUUAAAACUGGAAUGUGUGUCCAAAGGAAAUCCUUCACCUGACCCGGUGAUAUGGACGAAGGACGGAGGGGAGCUACCUGACCUGGACAGGAUGAUCGUGGAGGGCAGGGAACUGACCAUCACUUCUCUAAACAAAACAGAUAACGGCACAUACCGCUGCGAAGCCAGCAACCACCUGGGCACCAGCAGCGCGGAAUAUGUGCUGUAUGUGUACGAUCCCAACGCAUUCGAACAGAACGGACCUGACCAUGCACUAAUUGGAGGAGUUGUCGCUGUGGUUGUCUUUGUCACCUUGUGUUUGAUAAUUGUGCUGGGGCGAUAUCUGGCAAGACACAAAGGAACGUACCUGACGAAUGAGGCAAAAGGAGCAGAUGAUGCCCCAGAUGCAGACACGGCGAUCAUAAACGCCGAGGGGAACCACGCACACGCAGAGGAAAAGAAGGAGUACUUCAUUUAGACUGGGGCGCGCCUCUGCAUCUCCUCCUUACGCCAUGUAGGAAACCGGCAGACAGCAGAAGUGCAGUCUUACUUCAGUCCCAUUGAUGUUGGCCUUUUCUCUUCUUUACUUUUUGUCCUAUUUUAUUAUUUUUAAUUAUGUUUUUUAAUCAACUCAAUUAUGUUACAGUGGAUGGUUUUUACAAGCAACUAGCUGCGGAAGAUGUCACCUUUUCUAUGUCUUUCUCUGAAAUGAAACCCUCCAGAACCAUUUAGACCAUUCUAACCCCCCUGCCCCGAGCCACCCAAGCACCCCACAUUUACACAGUGCCUAAAUAUACAGACAUCCAUUGAAUUGCAGUCAAUGCCUUCAUUUAUGUAACUGACAAUGUAACUGGUUGCUUGCUUUUUACUUUAUUAUUAUUAUUAUUAUUAUUAUUAUUAUUAGGGAGGAUUAUUAACAAGAUGAGCUCUCCCAUUAAACAGCUGUUCACAUUAGAAGUUGCCCCUCACUCUGUUCCUAAGUCUGUCUGUCACACUGUAUUACCUUCUGCAGCUACUUUCGCACAGACUACUGACAUUCACGGUAGACUUGGCGUCUUUUAUUUCAGCAUAUGGAAAUAUUCUGCAAUGCCAAUAAAAAUGGCUUUGGAAAAAAAAAGGAAUUUGAAAAAGGAAUAUCUGUGUGGGACUUAAGAAGUGUUCGAUAUGAAUAAAGUGAAAAUGGAUUCAGUGAAAAUUGUGAAAUGGAAUGUACAAUUAAUAGGUUGUGAAUGUUGUUUGUGUUCAUAUCAGUAUUUGAAAAGUUGUCAGUUGUUGGUAAGAAAAUGUAGCUCAACUGCAGUAUGCAUCACCACCGGAAACAACCAUGAAUCCACAAGGAAAGGGGGAAACUCAAAUAAAUGUAAACAUCUGGACACCCCUCCAAAAAGAAAAAAACUAGCACAAUCAAUAUGUUAUGCUGAUGUGUAUUACAUUUUUUGCAUUAUAAUUCCUUUCCUCGUUUUGUCUGUAUAUUCCUGCACUGUUUAGCUUUGACAGAGCUAACACCUGAUGUAUUUGUUCUCCUAAUGUUGCUGUGAAUCAGCAGCAGGUGACAGUAGCUGAGUCUCCAUAUAUACAUCUUCAGUGAUUACUGUCAAGCUAAAGCCACCUGGACAGCCCCUGUAGCUUUUACACAUACUACUUAUCUAAAAAGCUUUGAGCAGCUAAAGCAGGAGGACUUGGAUCCUCCCUCCAUUAGUCUGUGUGGGGCCAUUGGUGUUGGUCUGAAAAAAAUAUGCAUUUGUAAACAAAGAUAAAUAUUUAAGUCAACAUGUUCACAGAUUGGGUUUAGCUUGAGCCAUGAAUGUCGUUUCAAAAUGCCACUAUUACGACCGUGUUUCCGCCAACCUUGUGAUAACGUUAUGUGUUAGCUGGGAUAAGCUUUUUUCCCUCAUAGUUUGAUAAAAAAUAAAUAAAUUACAAAAAAAUCCAAAAGCACAAAACGAUUAUAUGGAGAUACAGUAUUGCUUUGCCAACCAGUGGACUGUCUCAGGAUUCAAAGCUGAGUCUAAUGUGGUAUUUACGCUAUACAAACUGACAGAAAGAAAUUGGCUCACCCUGACUCAAAAAAAGAAAAAACAUAUC